AAACCCUGCAGGUCAACAAGUUUAGAGCCGAGCAGACAUAUUCCUGUCAGUUAUGAAAGACAGUAAAAGUGUGUAUACACACACACAGGCAUACGCAGCAGGCUUUGGCAUGUUAAAAAGGGGCUGUACACUUUUUCAACACAUUCCACAGACAAGCACACCGUGCAGAAGGAAGAAAUCAAACGCAUUCACCAAUUCUCUCAUCAGUAUCUCGAGAGUUGACAAAUGGCAGAGGAAGACUUCAGGCCUUUAUCAGAGGAAACCAGUUCCUUCUGUCUGGCUACUGAGGCUCGUUCGGGGGUACAAGUCACGCAACCCUUCCCACGCUCUCCAAAACUAAUCAAGAGAACUGGAGCCGUCUCUCCAAAACCCUUUGAGCUGCCAGUCUUGUUGGAGGACUUGACGAAGGAGAGGAAAAAAACAGAAUCUCAUCUGGAAUCUAUCAAAAAGCGGCAAGCAAACCUCAAUACAAGUUCAGAGGCGAUGAAGCAGCAGGUACAAGAGUGCUACGAGGGUCUACAUUUGGCUCUGCAGGAGGACGAGCGGGCCGUUCUGGACAUGAUAGAGCAAGACCGCCGGGAGACCAGCAGCAAACUAAACCGAAUUCUUCAAAACUGGAAUCAGCACCUCUGUCUCCUGCAGAAGCACAUCUCCUCCAUGCAGUCGGUUCAACAAAGCCCAGAGGAGGCCGUGAAGCAGCCGUUUCCUGAGGAUUUUACAUUGGCAGGCUGUCGUAAGAAGCCGGACCCCGCUGAAGGGGAAAUCAAAAUGAAUGAGGAAAGAAUCCUGAAGCUCAUGAAGGUUCUUAGAAACAUCUCAAAAGAUCUGAAGGCCCAGCUACAACGAAAGAGCCUGCUUCUAGACUCCUGUAAUGUGGUGAUUGACAAUCAAACCUGCCACAAGCAGGUUAAGGUGAGCUCAGAUGGACGGGGUCUGUGCCUUUCCCCAGAGGAGCGCGGCGUCCCUAAUGAGCCUCUGAGGUUUGAUCAGCUAUACUGUGCACUGGGCUCUGCUGCUAUUAAAUCUGGCCAGCAGUACUGGGAGGUGGAUGUGCAUUGCUGUCCGUCAUGGGCUGUGGGCAUAACCUACGGCAGCCUGCAGAGGAGAGGGCGGGACAAAGGAGCCAAACUGGGGCGAAACAGGUGCUCGUGGAGUCUUGAGUUUCGGAAUGGGAAUCUGACAGCCUGGCACAAUGAUCGACACAUGCCCCUACCUGUCACCGCAGCUCGGGCGGCACCGAACAAAGUCGGGGUGUUUGUGAAGUAUCAGAAGGGUCGUGUGGUGUUUUAUGAUGCAGAGAGUAUGAGGACGCUGCAGGAGUUUUCAGCAGUGCAGACGGCCGUGUUUGACAGAGCGCAUCAUCAGUUUACUGAGCCACUUUACCCAGCGUUCCGCUUCUUUUCACCCAAAGAUAAAAACACAGGCCAUCAUCAUUUGGAAAUACGUGAUCUAAGUCUUUAAUACAGGGUGUCCGUGAGGUCUUAAAAUGUCUUAAAUUUCAAAAACUACAUUUUAGGCCUUAAAUUCACUCAAAUAUUGUCUUGUUGUAGGUCUUAAAGCAUUUUAAACAGGUCUUAAACAAUCUAUCUCAGAAAACUUUGAACAAAACUCAUUGAUAACACAUUGAUAACUCAAUUUACCAAUAUGGUUUAAUUAUCUUCCUUACAAUAACAUUUGUUUAAAAGUAAUUUGUGCAGGGGACACUGACCUGGACAGACUGUUGUGAAAACAUAUAGAUUAUUAUAUAUAUAUUUUUUAAUAUUCAUGUAUACAACUAUGGUUUGCUUGUUUUGACACAUUAUUUAAAUUAUGUGGCUAAGAAUUUUGUUUUGGGUGGGGCAAGUAAACAUAUUUUCUGGGGCCAUUAGAAAAAAUCCUUAGUGUUUAGCCCUGUAUUAGUCUGAAAUUUCAUUCAUAACGGUCUUAUAAAGGUCUUUAAAACCCUUCGGAAACCCUGUAAUAAUGUUUGAAGACAACUACAAUUCCAAUUUUUGGGGUCGGUACAUUUUUUCAAUGUUUUCAAAGUCUCUUUAGAAUUUAUAUAGUUAAAGUGAAAUUGACGAUUCAUCCAGAAGCUAAAACAUCUGAACUUUCUUCAUUGACUAAACAGCAAAAGCAUGACAAAUGUUUUGUCUAAAAUUUAAUUUUUAUAUAUUACUUAUAGAAACACUCCACUUUUGCAUGUUAUCAAUAUCCUUGCGUCUGCUUCAGCCAUGAUACAACAGCAAGGUUCCUUGAUUACCAUAGUGCUGAAUGUAACAGCGGAAGAGUUGAGCUUUAAAUAGGAAAAUGAGCGCAAUGAUUUAUUGAAUGUCUGGAGUGAGAUGCUGACAGUCUAAUCCGAUUCAGCUAAAAGAGCUCCUGCCAGACCCAGAGAUCAGCUGAAUGAAUAGAAAAUGGUAAAAACCAACUGUUUAACUCUAGGGGAGUUGUAAAACUUGUAUAUUUCCCCAAAAAAAGUGUAGUGUUCGUUUAAAAACAACACUUUUUUUGUAGUGUUUUUUUUUGCAAAUAUAAGUGAACAUUUUAAGCUUAACAGCUGCAUAAACACUCUGAGUUAUGGUACCACGGUAUUGAAAAUUCAGCCAUUUCAAAUAUGCAGUGGCAUUGCCAAUAUUUUGAAGCCUCAGUAUUUACUAGCAUAGUACUGGUAAAUAUGCAACUAAUAUAAAAUGCUUUCUAAAUAGGAGUGACAAAAUUAAUUGGAUUGGCAUAUUACAGAACUACAUUAUGUGACUAGCAAUUUACAGUAAACUUCAGUUUAGUUUGCACUAAUUCUGGGUUUUAGGAAUCAUGAAGGCAGCACAGCUGUUUGUUGUCAUGGUAUCUUACGGUACACAGCUAACCUGCUGCCGGACAGGUUAUGUUCUGCUUUAGAGAUUGUAAACCUAGCACAUUUAACAUGUAAACAUAUUAUAUACAGAUGCAAUUUAAAGCUUUUUUAAAAUCAGGAGAUAAAGCUUAAAAAAAGAUUACCUAUGAGCCUAGAUUUCUGAUUCUCUGCAUACCUGUACAGUACACACAUUCUGUCAACCAUAUAAAAUAACUUGUACUAAUAGAGCAAGCUUUUUCUUUUAGCUGUCCUCUUUUAUAGACAGCUCUUUUCAUCUUGCUGUAUAAAAAGUAUUAAAUGCAUAGUAUUUUUUACAUGUUUUAAAUAGAAUAAAACAGAGAAUAAAAGUUUCAACAUCUUUAGAAAAUCCUAAAGAAUGUUUAUUACACUUUCCUGAUUCAGAACGAUUUUGAGCAUCAAUUAAUAAUUCAAGGUCUGUAAGAAAAAAUAACUGUUACAUUUUAUCCUAAUUGUUAAGAAUUGUGUUGUAUUUACCUGUGAUCAAUAUCCAGCAAUAAACUCCUCAUGACAGGA